ACUGCGGCAGGAGCAGGUGGAUUCGAGGGUUAGGGAGGGACAGGCUAUUCUCAUCUAAUUUCUCAACAACUUCUCAUCUAACUGUUACUAUUUUCUCAGUAAAAUAUCAGUCCAGGACAUCGGCUGAAAGUGGGAUGAGUCGAGGAAGUUACGUAGCUUGUGGAGAAAACAGAAGCACUAAAAUAUUUAUUUUAAAGCAAAUAUGUGGGAGAAAUCGAGUCAGCUGACAAGGAAGUGCUGAGUUUGACAUUUGUGGUCAUAAAUUCAGCUGCAUCCCUUUUUAAAUAAUUGUGACACUGAGCAAGCCACUUCCCUUAUGUAAUGGGUGGUGUCCUCCUGUAUUGCAAUAGUGAUGGCACUAGUCCCAAAGGAAGGAUGUUGUAAUUGGAGAUGACAAAAUGUACAGCGAUGAGCACAUAUUAGGGGCUCACCGGGAAGCAGCCCUCCUUGUCUGCACAGGCGCCAUCUGUAGCUCACAGGUUCUUUCCACCCCUUAAAACUAGUGUGGACUCGUAACUUUGCGACUUCUCCUUGUUGGUCUAUCCCCACCUGUCACUGCAUACUCGUCUUUCCAAUGUUGUAUCAACAUUAAAACCGGUGAUUUGGACAUGACUGAGUACAUCGUAUCUUCUAAGGGCCGUGCAGGGUGCUUGAGGGGUGGGUAGCGAAGCCCUGUGUCUGGCUGAGGGAACAUGGCAGGAAGAGGGUUAACAGUUCUGCUGAAAUCAGCCCGGCUGAGCUCAGAUUCCGGCUCUACCUCCCUCUAACUGGGGGCUUCAUACAGUUAGUGUAACCGAUCUAAGUCUUGACUUACCCGUCUGUGCAAUGUUCGCACGCACAAACGCUGAACGCUGGCCAGUUUCCCCGGCGUUGGCGAGCGAGCCCGCGGCGCUGCCAGCAAAGCUGUCCGCAAAGCCUGCGAGGCGAGCUGUCGUGAGGGUAAAAGGAGAAGCUCUUGGUGUGGGGAUGACGUUCAAGAUGUGCCCACUCUCAUUUUGAGCAUUGUUCUUGUCCUGACCUUGAGCCCUACAAUGCGUAAGGUUCGAGCCCCACAACACGGCCCAGAGCCUGGUGAAGACCAGGAGUCCCUAUGGGUGUAGACUCACUUGCUCUAGCCUGACAGACUUCCAGUCUGCUCUCAUUUAGUCCUCACCUGAACGUUGGACUUAACCAUAAAGUCACCCUUGUUCUGCAGAGGAGGACACUGAAGCUCAAAGAGACGUCACUGACCAAAAACGUAUUGGGGAGGAGUCAGAAAUAAGAAUAGAAUAGGACUCCCUCCAGAACUCUGUACACCAUAACAGUGACGUACAACUGGGGGUGAUUUUGCCUCUCAGGGGACACCUGACAAUGUCUGUAGAUUCUUUUGGUCGUCACUCCUGGAGGCAGGGUGACCACUGGCGCCUGGUACACAGAGGCCACGGGUGCUGCUAAUCAUGCUACAACGUGCAGGGCAGCCUUCGCGACAAAGGACACGGCAAAGCCCCAAAUGUCAAUAGUGCCAAGGUUGAGAAACCCUCAGAGAAAGUGACUGGUGAAAACUGGAAGAGAAGGAGGGAGUGAGUAAAGGAAAAACGGAGAAAAGUCACCUUUCUGUGGUACGACCACAUCAGGUAACCGUGGGGAACCUCUUUCAAAGGCAGUGCACUAGCAUGGCAAAGGCAGUGGCUUGGAGUGGGCUGUGCCUGGUUUCCAAAUCUUGCUGCCUCCACAGACUGGUGGGGCUUGAUGUUGGAAAAAAACCACUGAAACUCCCGAGCCAUGGUUGCCCCUGGUAAGAAAGGGGUGGCAAUGGCGGCCUCACAAUACUCUCGAGAGUACCAAAUGUGAACAAGGUAAUUGCUAUUACUCUUUAAAAGGCCAAAUAGCCCAGGGUGAGAUGAUUCCUAAAUUUUCAUAGCCAUAGAAAAUCACCCUAGGUUUUACACACAGAGAUUCUAGAGUGGGGUUCAUGGAUGUGCAUUUUAACAGACACCCUGAAUAUUUCUGAUAAAGCCCGCAGCCCAUAGUGUAAGGAAAUUGAGUCAAGUGGCGUAGACAUGGGGGUCACAGAGACCUUUGGGUUAAAGUGAAUGUGAUAGUCACCGGCAUGACCUGGUCCAGAGGCUAGGGUUUUAACGUUUGGAUUCUUGUUCUUAAAAGCAGAAGCCCCUCAGGAUAUUUUCUCACAGCGUUCCGUCCAGAAUUUAGUCCAGUGCCUACCUCUGAAGCAAUCCAUUGAAAAGCAAAAUUGAUUCCAGUUAGUAGUGUGGGCACGAUGGACACCAACUUCUCCACCCCUCUGAAUGGAUCUGAAGAGGAGCUCCACGGCUCUGCUGGCCACACUGCUCUGCAGGUCCUCCCAUUGGUGGUUCUGGGGGUCACCUUUGUCCUCGGGGUCCUGGGCAACGGGCUUGUGAUCUGGGUGGCUGGAUUCCGGAUGACACGCACGGUCACCACCGUCUCCUACCUGAACCUGGCCCUGGCUGACUUCUCUUUCACCGCCACCCUGCCGUUCCUCAUAGUCUCCAUGGCCAUGAGAGAAAAGUGGCCCUUUGGCUGGUUCCUGUGUAAGUUAGUUCACAUCGUGGUGGACGUCAACCUGUUUGGCAGUGUCUUCCUGAUCGCGCUCAUCGCCCUGGACCGCUGCGUCUGUGUCCUGCAUCCGGUCUGGGCCCAGAACCACCGCACCGUCGGGCUGGCCAAGAAGGUGAUCCUCGGGCCCUGGAUUCUCGCUCUGCUCCUCACCUUGCCAGUUUUCAUCUUCUUGACCACGGUGACUACGGCGAAUGGGGACACGUACUGUACUUUCAACUUCGCGUCCUGGGGUAACACCAAGGAAGAGAAGCUGAAGGUGGCCGUCACCAUGCUGACGAUGAGAGGGGUCAUCCGGUUCCUGGUCGGCUUUAGCACGCCCAUGUCCAUCGUUGCCGUCUGCUACGGGCUCAUCGCUGCCAAGAUCCACAAAAAAGGCAUGAUUAAGUCCAGCCGCCCCUUGCGGGUCCUCACUGCUGUUGUGGCUUCUUUCUUCGUCUGUUGGUUCCCCUUUCAACUGGUUGCCCUUCUAAGCACAGUCUGGCUCAAAGAGAUGUUGUUCCUGGGCCAGUAUAAAAUCCUUGACGCGCUGGUUAACCCCACGAGCUCCCUGGCCUUCUUCAACAGCUGCCUCAACCCGAUGCUCUACGUCUUUGUGGGCCAGGACUUCCGGCAGAGGCUGGUCCACUCCCUGCCCGCCAGUCUGGAGAGGGCGCUCACCGAGGACUCGGCCCCGACCAGCGACACGGCCACCAACUCUGCCCCCCCUCCUGCGGAAGCCGAGUCCCAGGCACUGUGAGGAGGUGCCAGAGAUGUUUUGGGGCUUUGUCUCCUCCCACCCUGAUCCCAGCUCCAGCUGCAUCUAACCUGAGUCACACCGAGCUUCAGGUAUAAGUGGCUCAGGUGUUUACUAAGGAAAAAUACUUUUGUACCCCUGAUUUUGGGGUAAGAAAUAGACAGGGAGGCUAUUAGCAUUAUUUUUGGAUUUUAAACCUCAGCCUGUACCGUGGGGUAAGUGGAGGUAGGAAACAAGCACAAGAGAAAACAAAGAGUGGUGGGAAUUUGUAAGGCUUGGAUGAGAUGGUACAUAUAAAGGGGAGGAUUUUAGUAUUUCACCCUAAAGCAAAAUGUUCGCUGUAGGUUUUUUUUUUUUUCUUUUGAGACAGGCUCUCCCUCUAUUGUCCAGACUGGAGUACAGUGGCAUCAUCGUAGCU